AUGGCAGGUAACAGAUUUAAAUAUGUAGAUUAUCUCUACGUGAGACAUUUGGGAUCUGACUCUGCAACUGCUAAAGCCGCAGAUGAAAUCAUCAGUCAGCCAGACAAGCACCUUCUCACUCAACAAGAAAUCUUCCAAGCUGAAGGUGGUCUUGCUGGUCUCGCAAUCUAAGCCUCCUCAGUGACUGUAGGUCUUGUUGGACUCUUCGCCCUUAGGCCAAGACUUCUCUCUUAUCUCAAGAAUGGUUAACUCAGACCACUAGAAUGGCUCACUCUAGGCUCAACUGCCUUUGUCAGCUACCAUAUCGGUCAUCAAAUUGGUUCUGUUGUAGCUGGAGAUGCCUAAAGACUUUAAAAUCACUGGAUGGCCUACUACUUCGUUAAGUAGAACAACAGAUUUGAAGGCAGACAAAUUCUAUCAAAGAAACCAGGAAUGUACUGA